CAACAUGUUGGAGAGUGACACCAUGCCAGCAAGUUAGCUUUCCGCCCAACGCCCACCUCCGAACAUGGACGCACGCGUGCCCGCUCCACCAGCGCCCCGCUGGCCGUUCUUGCGUCGCCUGCGCGCGCUGCUGAUCGUCGUCGCGCGCCUCUCGCUGAGCCUCCCCGCCGCCACCAUAAGCGCCAUCCGCCACCGCCAAGCUCGUCCCCGCGCCGCCAUCCAGGGGCCUGCCGCCGCCGUUUUGCGAGUGAGUCGUAGCGAGCCGUCGCUCGCCGCUCUCGCGUGCGACGACGUGCCUCCAGCAGCAGCGCCGCAACGCGCGGCCGGCGGUGAAGGGCUCGAGUCGACGGCGUCGGCGCCUCUAGGGUGCGAUAGUGGCAGCGCUAGCGGCGGGCCGGGCGGCGGCGACGAGCGAGGGGCGGCGAGCGACUUAGUGGAGGCGAGAGGAACGACGUGCCGCGUGACGCGACGGCUGACGGUGUCGCGGGACUCGGAGGGGCGCAAGGUGAUCAACGAGUACGUGAGGGAGCGAGUCAUCGGCCGAGGCUCGUACGCCAAAGUGGUGCUGUAUCGCCAUGCGUCCACGGGCCUCAUGUGCGCGCUCAAGGUGUGCUGCAAGUCUCGCCUCAAGCGCGUGCGAGUGGCGCCAGGCGAAACAGCGCUGAUGGACGUGCAGCGCGAGGUGCGUGUGCUGCAGCGGCUGCAGCACCCACACGUGGUGCAGCUGAGGGAGGUCAUUGACGACCCCCUUGCCGACAAACUCUACCUCGUGUUUGAGUACGUGGAGGGCAGGCCACUCUUCCCCGACGACGCCCCACCCGCAGGGGGUGUGGGCGAGGACACGGCUAGGCGUGUGUUCCAAGAUGUCAGCGCCGCACUGCUCUACGUGCACAGCCAGGGCGUGGUGCACAACGACGUCAAGCCUGCCAACAUCCUCUGCUCGUCGCAAGGCGGUGCCAAGCUUUCUGACUUUGGUGUCUGCCAGGAAGUCACCCCGCCCAACGACUGGCAGCGCAGGAGUCCAGGCACGCCCGCCUUCACUGCGCCCGAAUGCUGCACUGGAGCACCGUUCAGAGGCAUGGCGGCGGACACAUGGGCGCUGGGGUGCACACUGUUCGCCAUGACGUCUGGGCGCCACCCCUUCCUAGGGACCUCGCUCAUGGACACCUACGACAAGAUCCAAUCUGAGCCAUUGAUCCUGCCAGCAGGCAUCUCUCCCUCGUUGGCGGAUCUGCUUACAAGGCUUCUGCACAAAGACCCCUUGCAGCGCAUCUCUCUCGCCCAGGCCGCCGCCCAUCCGUGGGUCCUGCAUGCUGCCCUGCCCUCCUCCCCGCCAUCCCCUGCGCCCUGAGCCCUUCCCAUCCCCACCAACCCUUUCUCCUGGCGGCCCUUCACCUAGAAGCACCGCUCUGUACCACUCUGCGCCGUGAGCUGUGCUGCUGCUGGCCCUGCCUUGCCUGGCGCAUUGGGUGCAAUCAUGCACGUGCAUCGCCAGCACCCCACCCUGGGCCGCCUGCUGUGUGUGCCGCUGCAACCAGGCAGGCACGCCAUUGCCCUGCGCUGCCACAGUGCUGCGAAGCACGAGGCCGGCACAAGGGAUGCCGUGGAGCGAGAGCGCAUGGAGAGGGGUGGAUGGCCGACAGGCUAGGCACUGAGGAGGCAAGGGGAGAGGUGCAGUGGGGGUGGUUUCUGCACGCAAUGCCCCGUGUGGGCUGUGCUGCCGUGUGCUCAUAGCAGCAGUGCUGCCCUCCUGUGGUGCUCUGGAUGGCAGCAGUGCGCAUGCUGGGUGGAUCAGCGCUGUAGCACCCCACAACGAUCAGUGGCAGCAAUGCCACACGGCAGUGUGCACGGCCAUGCUGCACCCGGCCAUCGCACAUAACACCCAUGUGUGUUCUCAAGGCAUGCAUGCGCGGAGAGCGUGUGACAUUGCAGCAGAGAGGCCUUGUGUGGCUGGCAGCUAAGUGCAAUGUGCAGCCCGUCGAGAGGCGCCGACGUGGUGUGGUGGAGGGGUACCGCAUUCCCCGUACAAUACACCCAAGGACAGGGCGUUUAGCGGAAUUCUUGGAAAAAGGGAAAUGUGUGUUCUCAUUGUCAGAAUAGCGAGAAAAUGUUGAAUAGGAAGGGAGUGAGGGGGGAUGCAUGUAUACAAUGUUGUACUCCCUAAGAGCUGAUCUAGCUAGCAUAUCUAAACAAAAAUAUCAUAACACCAAUACAUUUGUCAGUUGACA